CGGGGUUGGCCCGUGCGGUCACCGGGUGCCUCCCGGCCCCGCCUCUCUGCCCCGGGGCGCUGGCCGCGGUGCUGAAGCCGCGCUCUCCGCGGAGGGAGGCGGGAGGGGCCGGCCGAAGGGGGCGGAGCUCUCCGGAGGUCUGAGCUGGAAACGGAGGAGGAGCAGGGCGGCGCCAGCAGGCCCGAGACCCUGGCGGGCUUGAGAGGAGGCAGGCGACCGAGAGCGCCCCGCUGGAGCGCACACAGGCACCUAGACAAGUUUCCCCUGAAGAAGCCAAGGUCGUCCUCCUCGUCCUGUGAGUCGUCUUUCCUUUACCUUGGAGAGCCCCUCACCUUGUGCCCUGACUGCAGCCUCCUGCCCGAAGCUGCUGAGGAGUGACCGCUUCAGGGCCUCCAUCUGCACUUCCAGCCCGUAGGCCCCAGCCCAGGCCCCCGCGCCCUCACCAUGGUGAAGUUGCUGCCUGCCCAGGAGGCAGCCAGGAUCUACCAUACCAACUACGUGAGGAACGCGAGGGCGAUUGGUGUGAUGUGGGGCACGCUCACCAUCUGCUUCUCCGUGCUGGUCAUGGCCCUCUUCAUCCAGCCAUACUGGAUCGGUGACAGUGUCAACACCCCCCAGGCAGGCUACUUCGGCCUUUUCUCUUACUGUGUGGGCAACGUGCUGUCCUCAGAACUCAUCUGCAAGGGCGGCCCACUGGACUUCUCCAGCAUCCCCUCUAGAGCUUUCAAGACCGCCAUGUUCUUCGUGGCCUUGGCCAUGUUCCUCAUCAUUGGCUCCAUCAUCUGCUUCAGUCUGUUUUUUGUCUGCAACACGGCCACAGUGUACAAGAUCUGCGCGUGGAUGCAGCUGGCUGCGGCCACAGGCCUGAUGAUUGGCUGCCUGGUCUACCCAGAUGGCUGGGACUCAAGUGCGGUGCGGAGCAUGUGUGGGGAGCAGGCGGGCAAGUACACGCUGGGCCAGUGCACCAUCCGCUGGGCCUUCAUGCUGGCCAUCCUGAGCAUCGGGGACGCCCUCAUCCUCUCCUUUCUGGCCUUCGUGCUGGGCUACCGGCAGGACAAACUGCUGCCUGACGACUACAAGGCCGAUGGACAAGAGGAAGUCUGAAGCAGCUGAAGGGUCGGUGAGUAAUUCCACAGGUCAUCUAUUUCCCUGACAAUGGAAAAUUAAGGAUAGAAUUCUUCCGAGAUAAAAACUCGUUCCUGUCAAACGUCCCUGCCCCUGGCUACUAGAAGCCUGAAGCCCGGAGCCUUUCAUUACAGAAUUAGAACCUGGCAGUCUCCUGAGACCAGACCUCCUACUGUCUCCAGAAAACUUUCAGGUGAUGCAGAACUGCAGUGGCCCACAUCAAAGAAACUCAGAGACAUGGGUGAUAUUCUCCUGACUGGGGACUCACGUUCUCUUCUAUCCCUUCAUACUCUCUCAAGGCCUCUCCUGUAAAACAAGAGGCGAAUGAGUCCAUGUCUGGGGCUCCCCGGGUCUGAGUGUCUGACAGCCUCAUUAACUGAGGUUGCCCUCAUUUGAAGGCACACCGGAAACGCCACUGGCUGUAUAGGGCGACAGAAGAGGUGGCUGUGAGCUGCUGGGUUGUUUCAGGUGGAGGUUUUCGGAGGCCUGUGCUUCUCCUUAACCCAUACACUCUGACAGCAUUUUGGUUUUUUAUUGAUGCUCAGAGGUGAGUAAGGCAUAGAGGCUCCCAGAACCUGAACCCAUCGGGACGUUUAAUAAAGAUUGGGUGAACAUAGGAUCUAAAUACUUAGGAGACUAAAUUGAUGAUUUUUCCCUUUGGAACCCCAAAUCCCAUUUCUUCGUGGUCCCCACACUGACCCAAUCAGAACUGGCUAUGAGCUUCAGAAGUUUAUUUGUGUCUAAGUAUAGUGACAGAUGACAUGUCUUGUAACACUUCGAAUUUGCCACAUUAAAUGGUGAAUCUUUUGCCAGCCUCCAGAGGGGAGCUCGGUUUAGGGAAAACCUCAUUGUAGCGAAUGCCAAGGCCAAUGAGAGGUUCUCUAGGCUGUUCCCUGCCUGGGGCGUAGUGUAUUAGAAUCUGGGUUUUGUCGAUUAUCUGCAGUGAAUGACCCUGGGGAAUGCCUGGGCCUCGUCCAUUUACUCAGGAAAGAGGAAGCACGGGCACUGUUCUCUCACAGGGGAGAGGGAUAAAUGCUCAACAAAGCUGUCAUGGGUCUUGUCCUCACUUGGGCAUGCAGCAGCGACACUGUGAACAGGAGGUGUCUUAUUCCUGGGCUGUAGGGUAUGAUUUUUCACCAGUGCACUCUGACAACCGGCCGUCAGUGUGGAGUUUCUUUUCCAGUUCAGAUGGGCGAGGAGUGAGAAUCCUUCCAGUACCAUCCCAGUUGUGGCUGAUGGUAGCUUUAUAAUGGAAUUUAAGAACAGUGAUAUUUGUAUUUUCUUGUGCUGACAAAAUUAUUUCAGAGUCAGGCGAGCUUGAUGAAUGACAGAAUUUGACAAGUUCUGUAGCUUAGUGAGUUUCCUAUCUACAUUUGUUCAUUUAUUUCUUAUAAUUUUACUUUUUGUAAGAGGCAUAAAAGACUUCUAAAAGCCUCUCUACCCACAAAAUAUUUAUCACUGAACUGGGACUCAUGGUGUUUCACAGAAGCUUCUGGGGGCUUAAGGCGCAUCUGCCAACAGCCCGCGUCUAGCUCUUACCAGGAAGUCAGUGCUGGGGAAGAUCUGCAAAGUCCUGUGACCCAGCGUUUCACUUUAGCCUAAUCUUCAAGGAAACUCAGAAGUCACCCUCUCCAAUAACAGUGAUUUUGGUUGACACCUUGUAACUGCUUAUCAGCUCUUUUCAAGUGGCUUUACCUGUAAAUAAAUGCUUGAAAUGCACCUCAAAUCUCAUCUUUGAAAGUAUAUAGAAAAUCAAUAAAA